GUUACCUUGACAGGUGUGCAGCUCGACAUGUUCUGGCUCUGACACCGUCCCGGCGGCUCAGUACGCGGCUGGCUGGCUGCCUCGCGCUCCGGGCAGGUGUUUAAUCUUCACGUUAUCCGCCCUCGCGAUGUCGUCGUCGUUGAUGAUGAUGAUGAUGAUGAUGAUGAUGAUGCCGCCGUGUGCAGCGCGUGCCUCUGAUCCCGGUGACCGGUCGAUGCUGUAGAUCCAUCAUCGCAUGUGCAGAGAGGGAAGUUUUCCACCGGAGACCUGAGCAGGGAGGCGGAUACAUCGCACGGCGGAUUCCACGCUGCACGACAACUGAUGACAAAUUAAACCUGAUGACUAUUAGUACCUGACACCGCUCUCUGUCCUUCUGGAGGACUGCAGGGUGGAUGUAAGAAGCGGACUGACCAUGACCACAGCAGACAUGAUACUGUGAGGCCCCUGCAUGAGGCAGCCUGGACUGACAUGAUGGAGGAGGCUGCCAGUCAGCUCGAAAGAGACCAUGUGCACAGCGUCUAUGACAAGAUUGCUCCAUAUUUCAACGACAGCCGCUAUAAAGCCUGGCCGAAGGUACGCCAGUUCCUGCUGGACCUGCAGCCGGGGAGCAUCGUCGCUGACAUUGGUUGUGGCAAUGGCAAGUAUCUCCACAUCAACAAGGAGGUGUUCAAGCUGGGCUGCGAUGUCUGUCGCCCUCUGGUGGACUUUGCCUGGAGCCAAGGACACGAGGUCCAGAUGUGCGACGGGCUGCAUUUGCCUUACAGAGACAGCUGCUUCGACGCCGUGCUCUCUAUUGCAGUCAUCCAUCAUUUGUCCACCAAAGAGCGUCGCAUUCGAGCAAUAAAAGAGAUGGCUCGCACCCUGCGAGUGGGCGGACGCAUCAUGAUCUACGUGUGGGCCAUGGAGCAGAAACGUCGUAAAUUUGAGAAGCAGGACAUUUUCGUUCCCUGGAACCCCAACCCUCAGUCGCCCUCAGGCUUGAAUGGGGAGCAUGCAAAACCCAGACGGAGGCCCGCAGCUCAGAGUGUGAGCGAAGCCAUAGACAACACUGACAAGCACAGGAAGGUUAGAAGCACAUCCUCUGUGGCAGACGAAGAAGAUCUGGCCAUCACCACGCCACAGCAGAGGACACAGAAACUGUGGUUCUUCUCCAGGUCUCUGGAUUCUGUGUUCGACUUUGGAAGCUUAGCCAUCUCCCGGUCAUCCUCCAGAGACCUGAGCACUUUAUCUUCACCCACAGGGGAAAUCGAGGGGAACAAGUCCAGCCAGCGUGGGAGAGGACGAGGCCUCAUCAAGCAGGUCUCAAGCUUCUUUUCCCCGCCGUCUGUUAUCGGAUCAGAGGAGGAUGUCUUUGACUCAGUCACAGACCUGCACAAGGGACAAAAUGACCCCGGAGGCAACAACAACAGUAACACCACCAACAACAACAACGGCACAGAAAACCAGAGCGUCUCAGUAUCUUUAACCGAGGAGUGUGGCUCCCUGGCCCUGCCAGAUCUGGUCCCUUUCCAGAAGGAGCACCUGAAGCAGUCUGGAGAUGAAAGUGAAGGCGAGUCGCAGGGAAAAGCGCAGCAGCAAAGCACAAGAAGUCCUCAGGGGAGCAAGGAGCAGGUGGAGGGCUCCUGCCUGAGGUACUAUCAUGUCUUCAGGGAGGGAGAACUGGCAGAGCUGAUAGAGAAUCAUGUUGAGGAGCUUCAUGUCAAACACACUUACUUUGACCAUGCCAACUGGUGUGUGGUGGCAGAGAAAGUUCAGUUAUGGAAAAUAUGAUUUUUAACUUGUUUUUAUUUUUGCAUUAACUCUGCCUCAAGUUCUGGCACUGAAUCACACAUUUGAUGAUUAUUACACUCCUGUAUAAACAUACAGAUGUAGCCAUUGUUGACUAUGAUGGUGUUCGACAAUGGCUAUCACUGUAUACUAUACCAUCUUUUUAAAGUAUUUAUUCUAUUUCAAUACAUGAAACCAACAAGCAUCAUCCAGAUAUCCAUUGUGUGUUUAUUCUUAGUGUUGAGAAUUUUGUUUUUUAUUAUCAAACCACAGCGAGCUUCAGUGCUGCUACUGAUGUUAAGUCUUUUGUCUGCAGAGACAUGGUGCACUGUUCUUCUCUUUGGACUUUUAAUAUUAGCCAAAGAGGAAUUUGUGAGAUUACAGUAUACUUUUCCAUCUGCUCUUAAAUGGUUUAGUACAUUGCUCACAAUGGAAAAUUCUUACUUUUAAUUAUUGUUUUUUUGUCUGCCUGUUUUUACAACCGCACGUUCUUGAAGCAAGCAUCUGUGACGGACUUCUUAAACUGCUCAUAUGUAAUCUAUCAUAACACUGAAAAGUUGUGCAGAAUAUCUUCCAAAACAUUUGUGCAUUUGCUUGUUGUGUUUCAAAGAACGUGUUGCCCAGUUUGUAUGCGUGUGUGUGUGCGUGCUUGGUGUCUGUAAUAGUUGUAUACUGUCUCGUCUUGUUGACGUAACAAGCUGAACCGUACCACUGGUAUGUUUCGGGAGAAAAUCGACUGCCUCAUAUACUGUGAAUAAACAUUGCACUGUACCACUAAUAUGUUGCUGCUUGAGG